GAUUACUCAAACCGAUGUCAAUAUCAGGACGGCAUGGUGAAAUGUAGUCAAGCACAAGCUGCCUACCGUAAAUAGCAGACGAGUGCGAUAGUGGCAUCACGUUGUAGGUUGGACUGUAUUUGCUUGGAGUCUUACGAAAUAUUCAUUAGGUGUGAUAAACAUCAAUACAAUAUAUCAAGCGGUGUUUGUGUUGAUUCAUUCCUCAGUGUUGAUUUGACCGUGAACUUGUGAGCACAGCUUAUGGACAUGGUGCUGCUGAUCGUGUUUUUUGUCAUCGUCGGUCUCUUCGUCUACCGAUGGAGCACAUCGACGUUCGAUUUCUUUGAGAAACAGAAUGUUCCAUUUGUGAAACCAAUUCCACUAGUUGGAGGGCUGUGGUCUUUCGUCACCGGCAAAAUGAACAUCAUCGACACGGUUUCCAAAGGAUAUCACAUGUUUCCGGAUUCGAGAUUCUCCGGAUUGUUCACGCUUUAUUUGCCGUCCUAUUUGAUCCAUGAUCCGGAACUGGUGAAGCAAAUUACCAUCAAAGAUUUCGAUCACUUCAUGGACCGAGCCAACAACAUUACGCCUGAAAUGGAUCCCCUUCUGGGGCGGGCGUUGGUCUUCACGAACGGAUCUCGCUGGAAGCAUGGCCGAACGGGUCUCAGUCCGGCAUUCACCGGUAGUAAAAUGAAAAAUAUGUUUGUCUUGUUGUCCAAUUACGCAGAUGCGGCGAUGCAGCGGCUCGUGGAGGAUGCCGCCGGAGGUACGCUCGAACGAGAGAUGAAGGAUUUGUUUCAAAGAUUAGGCAACGAUGUUAUGACAUCGAUUUCUUUCGGUGUGGAAAUCGAUUCCGUUCACGAUCCAGAAAAUGAGUUUUUUGUGAGUGGCAAAUGUCUGGGAACGACCAGCGGACUCCAGGGAUUGAAGGUAUUCCUAAUGUCAUUGUUUCCGCUCAAACUGCUGCCAUUACUGGGACUUCAAAUUAUACCACAAAAAGUAAUCGACUUCUAUGAGCAAACUGUAGCUGCGUCAAUUAAGAAUCGUGAAAUGAACAACAUCGUUCGACCGGAUUUCAUACAUCUGCUGACGUUGGCUAGAAAGAAUGAGUUGAAGGCGGAAAUUUCGGAUGAAAAGUUUAACAGCGCAGGAUAUUCCACUGUCGAGGAACAUUUUAAAACCACCGACGAAGGAGCCCUCCAAUGGACAGACAUGGACAUAACAGCUGCAGCUGCUUCAUUUUUCUUUGGAGGGAUUGAAACCACAACCAAUUUGCUUUGUUUCGUUGUGUACGAAUUGUCUCUAAACACCGAAGUUCAGGAUAGAUUACGUACAGAAAUAGAUCGGGUUCGGGAAGAGUCAGGCAAUCAAAAGCUAACCUACGAAUCGAUACAGAAGAUGAAAUAUUUGGAUAUGGUAGUUUCAGAGACCCUGCGAAAGUGGCCUCCAUUUGGGGUGUUGAACCGUAAAUGCACGAAGACCUACAUAAUGGAAAAUUACGAUGGAACUAGUGCGGUAGUUCAGAAAGGGGAAAUAAUAUCAUUUUCCAUUAAUGCCAUCCACCGGGAUCCAAAAUACUAUCCGGAUCCGAUGCGGUUUGAUCCGGAGCGGUUCUCAGAGGAGAAUCGUCCCAAGCUCAACCCGAGUGCGUUCCUGCCGUUCGGGAGUGGACCUCGAAACUGCAUUGGAUCCAGGUUGGCACUGGCGCAGGCAAAGUGUUUCUUGUACUAUUUGCUAGCCUACUUCGAUGUGAACAUUUCUCCCCGGACCGAUGUACCGAUAAAGCUUGACAACCGAUCGAUUGGUCUCAAUGCGAAGAAUGGUUUUUGGUUUCAGUUGAUUCCACGAGAAAGGUAGAUUCGUUACAAACUGGGUGGUUUCUACGUGUCUACGAGUCUGCAUCGAUGUAGAUGAAAGGAGAAUAAUUCGAAAUUUUGAACAACAGAAGUGUAUGUUAAGUCGGUUAUGUGCCCUUAGUACAAAAUAAAUUGGUUUUCACUUAAACCUCUAAAUAAACAGAAUCGAUGUUUUGAGAACAGAACAUAGAACAAUGUUGUAAGGUAAAUUGAUACUAAAAUAUGUUGAAGCAAUGUCAAAAACGAUACAUGCUUAACGCUCGUAUCCGUACUGUAUUUUACAGUAUUGUACUGUAUAUUCAAUCCAAAUACUGUGUACUGUUUUUUACCCUCAAAUGUACUGUAUUGUAAUUUGUACUGUACUGUUAUACUGAAAUGUACUGUAUUUUUCACACUAAAUAUUAUUACAAAAUUUAAAAUUGCAUUGGAUUUUGAUUUGUGGUAGAACGAAGCGUCAGAAAGGACAGUGACAACACGUAGCGAAUGUGAAUGUAAGUACAUGCAAACAACAUUUUUUUCAUUAAUCAUUCGUGUUCAGAGCGCGUUACAACAAUUUUGCGAAAUUUUGAUGAUAAAAAAAAGAAAAAUGUCUCAACCAAGAAGAAUCAUACGCUUCUCAAAAUUUGUUUGAUGAAUAAUUCGUGCAGUUUUUAGUUUUUG